UUCCCAGCUUGUGGCAGUUCUCGUCCAUUCCCAGCAGUGCUGGCGAGAAUGGCCUAAGUUCCUGCACUGGCAGCGGAAACAUCCAGCUGAGUUUCCCUGGGGACCUUCGAGCUACCUGCAGCCCCCAUUGCAGGGGAAGGAGAGAUCUGCAGGGGAAGAUGAUUCCUGCCAGGCUUGCAAGGCUGCUGCUCACUCUGGCCCUCACCUUGCCAGGGACCCCUUGUGCAGAAGGUCGCGACAGGUCGUCGAUGGCGCGCUGCAGCCUCUUUGGAGGCGACUUCGUCAACACGUUUGAUGAGAGCAUGUACAGCUUUGCUGGGGACUGCAGUUACCUCCUGGCUGGGGACUGCCAGAAACACUCCUUUUCGCUUCUUGGGGACUUUCAAAACGGCAAGAGGGUGAGCCUGUCUGUGUAUCUCGGAGAAUUUUUUGACCUCCAUUUGUUUGUCAAUGGCACUGUGAUCCAGGGGGACCAAAGGGUCUCCAUGCCAUAUGCCUCCAAAGGGCUGUAUCUAGAAACCGAGGCUGGGUACCACAAGCUGUCCAGUGAGGCUUAUGGCUUUGUGGCCAGGAUCGAUGGCAGUGGCAACUUUCAAGUCCUGCUGUCAGACAGAUACUUCAACAUGACUUGUGGGCUGUGUGGCAACUUCAAUAGGUUCUCUGAAGAUGACUUCAUGACUCAGGAAGGGACCUUGACCACAGACCCCUAUGACUUUGCCAACUCCUGGGCCAUGAGCAGUGGAGAAGCACGGUGCAAGCGGGCAUCCCCUCCCAGCAGCCCAUGCAACAGCUCCUCUGGGGAAAUGCAGAAGGACCUCUGGGAGCAGUGCCAGCUUCUGAAGGGCGCCUCAGUGUUCGCCCGCUGCCACCCUUUGGUGGAUCCCGAGCCUUUUGUGGCCCUGUGUGAGAUGAGUCUGUGCCCGUGCACUCAGGGCCUGGAAUGCCCGUGCGCUGCUUUCCUGGAGUACGCCCGGACCUGCGCGCAGCAGGGCAUGGUGCUGCUCGGCUGGACAGACCACAGCAAGUGCCGUCCGGCGUGCCCUGCUGGCAUGGAGUAUAAGGAGUGUGUGUCCCCUUGCACCAGAAACUGCCAGAGCCUGCACAUCAGUGAAGGGUGUCAGGAGCAAUGCGUGGACGGCUGCAGCUGCCCUGAGGGGCAGCUCCUCGAGGAAGGCCGCUGCCUGGAGAGCGCCGAGUGCUCCUGUGUGCAUUCUGGGAAGCGGUACCCUCCCGGCUCCUCCCUCCUGCGAGACUGCAACACCUGCAUUUGCCGAAAUAGCCUGUGGAUUUGCAGCAAUGAAGAAUGCCCAGGGGAGUGCCUGGUCACAGGACAGUCCCACUUCAAGAGCUUUGACAACAGGUACUUCACCUUCAGUGGGAUCUGCCAGUACCUGCUGGCCCGAGACUGCCAGGACCACUCCUUCUCCAUCGUUAUAGACACCAUGCAGUGUGCUGAUGACCCUGACGCUGUCUGCACCCGCUCGGCCACUGUCCGGCUGCCCGGCCUGCACAACAGCCUUGUGAAGCUGAAGCACGGGGGAGGAGUCGCCAUGGAAGGCCAAGACGUCCAGAUCCCCCUCCUGCAAGGUGACCUCCGCAUCCAGCACACCGUGAUGGCCUCCGUGCGCCUCAGCUACAGGGAGGACCUGCAGAUGGACUGGGAUGGCCGUGGGAGGCUGCUGGUGAAGCUGUCCCCAGUCUACACCGGGAAGACGUGCGGCCUGUGUGGGAAUUUCAAUGGCAACAAGGGGGAUGACUUCCUCACCCCCGCCGGCCUGGUGGAGCCCCUGGUGGAAGACUUCGGGAACUCCUGGAAGCUGCACGGCGACUGCCAGGACCUGCCAAAGCAGCACGCGGAUCCCUGUACCCUCAACCCGCGCCUGACCAGGUUCGCCGAGGAGGCGUGCGCCGUCCUGUCGUCCUCCAAGUUCGAGGCCUGCCACCACGCCGUCAGCCCGCUGCCCUACCUGCGCAACUGCCGCUACGACCUCUGCUCCUGCGCCGACGGCAGGGACUGCCUCUGCGAGGCCGUGGCCAACUACGCCGCCGCCUGCGCGGGGAGAGGCGUGCGCGUCGCGUGGCGGGAGCCGGGCUUCUGCGAGCUGAGCUGCCCACAGGGCCAGGUGUACCUGCAGUGUGGGGCCCCCUGCAACCUCACCUGCCGCUCCCUGUCUUACCCGGAUGAGGAGUGCAAUGAGGUCUGUCUGGAGGGCUGCUUCUGCCCACCAGGGCUCUACCAGGAUGAGAGGGGCGACUGCGUGCCCAAGGCCCAGUGUCCUUGUUACUAUGAUGGUGAGAUCUUCCAGCCAGAAGACGUCUUCUCAGACCAUCACACCAUGUGCUAUUGUGAGGAUGGCUUCAUGCACUGUAGCUCAAGUGGAGCCCCUGGAAGCUUGUUGCCAGACAUGGUCCUCCUCAGUCCCCUGUCCCACCGCAGCAAGAGGAGUCUAUCCUGCCGGCCCCCCAUGGUCAAGUUGGUGUGUCCCGCUGACAAUCUGCGGGCUGAAGGGCUGGAAUGUGCCAAAACCUGCCAGAACUACGACCUGGAGUGCAUGAGCAUGGGCUGUGUGUCCGGCUGCCUCUGCCCCCCAGGCAUGGUCCGGCAUGAAAACAAAUGUGUGGCCUUGGAAAGAUGUCCCUGCUUCCACCAGGGCAAAGAGUAUGCCCCUGGAGAAACAGUGAAGAUUGACUGCAACACAUGUGUCUGUCAGGAUCGGAAGUGGAACUGCACAGACUCCGUGUGCGAUGCCUCGUGCUCCACCAUCGGCAUGGCCCACUACCUCACCUUCGACGGGCUCAAAUACAUGUUCCCCGGCGAGUGCCAGUAUGUCCUGGCACAGGACUACUGUGGCGAUAACCCUGGGACCUUCCGGAUCCUGGUGGGGAACGAGGGGUGUGGCUACCCCUCAGCGAAGUGCAAAAGGCGGGUCACCAUCCUGGUGGAAGGCGGGGAGAUUGAGCUGUUUGAUGGGGAGGUGAAUGUGAAGCGGCCCCUGAAGGAUGAGUCUCACUUUGAGGUGGUGGAGUCUGGCCGCUAUGUCAUUCUGCUGCUGGGCAGAGCCCUCUCCAUGGUCUGGGACCGCCGCCUGUUCGUCUCCGUGGUCCUGAAGCAGACAUACCAGGAGCAAGUGUGUGGCCUGUGUGGGAAUUUCGAUGGCGUCCAGAACAAUGACUUGACCGGCAGCAACCUCCAAGUGGAGGAGGACCCCGUGGACUUUGGGAAUUCCUGGAAAGUGAGCCCGCAGUGUGCUGACACCAGGAAAGUGCCACUGGACUUCUCUCCAGCCACCUGCCACAACAAUAUCAUGAAGCAGACGAUGGUGGAUUCCUCCUGCAGGAUCCUGACCAGUGACAUUUUCCAGGGCUGCCACAAGCUGGUGGACCCUGAGCCUUACCUGGAUAUCUGCAUCUAUGACACCUGCUCCUGUGAGUCCAUUGGGGACUGUGCCUGCUUCUGUGACACCAUUGCUGCGUAUGCCCAUGCAUGUGCCCAGCACGGCAAGGUGGUGACCUGGAGGACGGCUGCACUGUGCCCCCAAAACUGCGAGGAGAGGAAUCUCCGAGAGAAUGGAUAUGAAUGUGAGUGGCGCUAUAACAGCUGUGCUCCUGCCUGCCCUGUCACCUGCCAGCACCCUGAGCCAUUGGCCUGCCCAGUGCAGUGUGUGGAGGGCUGCCAUGCACACUGCCCUCCAGGAAAAAUCUUGGAUGAGCUUUUGCAGAUCUGCAUCAACCCCAAAGACUGCCCAGUGUGUGAGGUGGCGGGCCGGCGCUUACCCUCGGGAAAGAAAAUCACCUUGAACCUCAACGACCCCGAGCACUGCCAGAUUUGUCACUGCGAAGGCGUUAACCUGACCUGUGAAGCCUGCCGGGAGCCAGGGGGCCUAGUGCUGCCCGCCACGGAGGCCCCCGUUGGCCCCACCACCCCAUAUGUGGAGGAGGACGCCCCCGAGCUGCCCCUGCACGACUUCUACUGCAGCAAGCUGCUGGACCUGGCCUUCCUGCUGGACGGCUCCAACAAGCUGUCGGAGGCUGAGUUUGAAGCCCUGAAGGCCUUCGUGGUGGGCAUGAUGGAGCGGCUGCACAUCUCCCAGAAGCGGAUCCGCGUGGCCCUGGUGGAAUACCACGACGGCUCCCAUGCCUACCUCGAGCUCAAGAACCGGAAGCGGCCCUCGGAGCUGCGGCGCAUCGCCAGCCAGGUGCGGUACGUGGGCAGCCAGGUGGCCUCCGCCAGCGAGGUCUUGAAGUACACGCUGUUCCAGGUCUUCGGCAAGGCUGACCGCCCCGAGGCCUCCCGCAUCGCCCUGCUCCUGACCGCCAGCCAGGAGUCCCCGCAGAUGGCCCGGAACCUGGUCCGCUAUGUGCAGGGGAUGAAGAAGAAGAAGAUCAUUGUCAUCCCAGUGGGUAUUGGGCCCCACGUCAACCUCAAGCAGAUCCGCCUCAUUGAGAAGCAGGCCCCGGAGAACAAGGCCUUCGUGCUGGGCAGUGUGGACGAGCUGGAGCGGCGCAGGGACGAGAUCAUCAGCUACCUCUGUGACCUCGCCCCCGAGCCGCCCGCCCCCUCACGGCAGCCCCCUGUGGCACAGGUCACUGUGGGUCCCCUCGUCUCGGGGGUCUUGUCCCUGGGACCCAAGAGGAACUCCAUGGUUCUGGAUGUGGUGUUUCUCCUGGAAGGGUCGGACCGAAUCGGCGAGGCUGGCUUCAACCGGAGCAGGGAGUUCGUGGAGGAGGUGAUCCGGCGGAUGGACGUGGGCUGGGACGGCAUCCACGUGGCUGUGCUGCAGUUCGCCUACGUGGUGACGGUGGAGUACACCUUCAGCGAGGCGCAGUCCAAGACCGACAUCCUGCGGCGGGUCGGGGAGAUGCGGUUCCGGGGUGGCAACGGGACAAACACGGGGCUGGCCCUGCAGUACCUCUCGGAGCACAGCUUCACCACCAGGCAGGACGACCGGGAGCAGGCGCCCAACCUGGUCUACCUGGUCACGGGGACCCCUGCCUCGGACGAGAUCAGGCGCUUGCCAGGAGACAUCCAGGUGGUGCCCAUCGGUGUGGGCCCUCAAGUCAGCGUGCAGGAGCUGGAGACCCUCAGCUGGCCGCACGCCCCCAUCCUCAUCCAGGACUUUGAGAUGCUCCCCCGGGAGGCUCCCGACCUGGUGCUGCAGAAGUGCUGCUCCGGAGAGGGGUUCAGGACGCCCACCCUCUCCUCGGCCCCAGACUGCAGUCAGCCCCUGGACGUGGUUCUUCUCCUGGACGGCUCCUCUGGCACUCCAGCCUCCUACUUUGAGGAAAUGAAGAGCUUCGCCAAGGCUUUCAUUUCGAAAGCUAAUCUCGGGCCUCAUCACACUCACGUGUCGGUGCUCCAGUAUGGAAGCAUCACCACCAUCGACGUGCCGUGGAACGUGGCCCAGGAGCAGGCCUCUUUGCUGAGCCUUGUGGAUGUCAUGCAGCAGGAAGGGGGCCCCAGCCUAAUUGGGGAAGCUUUGGGCUUUGCUGUGCGAUACAUCACUUCGGAAGUCCAUGGUGCCAGGCCCGGGGCCUCGAAGGCCGUGGUCAUCCUGGUCAUGGAUGUCUCCAUGGAUUCAGUGGAAGCCUCGGCCGCUGCUGCCAGAGCCAACCGAGUGAACGUGUUCCCCAUUGGAGUUGGGGAUCGUUAUGAUGCAGCCCAGCUGAGGACCUUGGCAGGCCCAGAGGCCAGCUCCAAUGUGGUGAAACUCCAGCGAAUCGAAGACCUUCCCACCAUGGUCACCCUGGGCAAUUCCUUCCUCCACAAGCUGUGCUCUGGGUUCAUUAGAGUUUGCACGGAUGAAGAUGGGAAUGAGAAGAGGCCUGGGGAUGUCUGGACCUUGCCAGAUCAGUGCCACACAGUGACCUGCCUGCCAGACGGCCAGACGUUGCUGAAGAGUCAUCGGGUCCACUGUGACCAGGGGCUGAGGCCUUCGUGCCCCAAUAGCCAGGCCCCUAUUAGAGUGGAAGAGACCUGUGGCUGCCGCUGGACCUGCCCCUGUCUGUGCAUGGGCAGCUCCACCCGGCACAUUGUGACCUUCGAUGGGCAGAAUUUCAAGCUGACCGGCAGCUGCUCCUAUGUCCUGUUUCAAAACAAGGAGCAGGACCUGGAGGUGGUUCUCCAUAACGGGGCCUGCAGCGCCGAAGCGAGGCAGAGCUGCAUGAAGUCCAUUGAGGUGAAGCAUGACGGCCUCUCGGUUGAGCUGCACAGCAACAUGGAGGUGGCGGUGAACGGGAGACUGGUCUCUGUCCCUUACCUGGGAGGGAACAUGGAAGUCAAUGUCUACGGCGCUGUCAUGCAUGAGAUCAGAUUCAACCAGCUGGGCCACCUCUUCACCUUCACGCCACAGAACAAUGAGUUCCAGCUGCAGCUCAGCCCCAAGACCUUUGCUUCCAAGACGUACGGUCUCUGUGGGAUCUGUGAUGAGAAUGGGGCCAACAACUUCAUGCUGAGGGAUGGCACGACCACCAGAGACCUGAACACGCUCAUCCAGGACUGGACCGUGCAGCAGCCGGGGCAGGCGUGCCGGCCCGCGCCCGAGGACCAGUGCCCCUCCUCCAGCAGCUCCCACUGCCAGGUCCUCCUCUCGGCACUGUUUGCCGACUGCCACAAGGUCCUUGCUCCAUCCACAUUUUAUGCCAUCUGCCAGCAGGACAGUUGCCACCAGGAGCAAGUGUGUGAAGCGAUUGCCUCUUAUGCCCAUCUCUGCCGUACCAACGGGGUCUGUGUUGACUGGAGGACUGCUGAUUUCUGCGCUAUGUCGUGCCCGCCCUCCAUGGUGUACAACCACUGUGAGCGUGGCUGCCCCCUGCACUGUGAGGGCAACAUGAGCUCCUGUGGGAACCAUCCCUCGGAAGGCUGCUUCUGCCCCCCGCACCAAGUCCUCCUGGAAGGCAGCUGUGUCCCCGAGGAGGCCUGCACCCAGUGCGUCAGCGAGGGCGGAGUCCGGCACCAGUUUCUGGAAACCUGGGUCCCGGACCACCAGCCCUGUCAGAUCUGCACGUGCCUCAGCGGGCGGAAGGUCAACUGCACCUCGCAGCCCUGCCCCACAGCCAGAGCUCCCACGUGCGGCCCGUGCGAAGUGGCCCGCCUCCACCACGGCGCCAGCCAGUGCUGCCCGGAGUACGAGUGUGUGUGUGACCUGGUGAGCUGUGAUGUGCCCCCGGUACCUGCCUGUGAAGGUGGCCUCCAGCCGACACUGACCAAUCCCGGCGAGUGCAGACCCGUCUUCACCUGUGCCUGCAGGAAGGAGGAGUGCAAAAGGGAGCUCCCGCCCUCCUGCCCCCCGCACCGGACGCCAUCCCUUCGGAAGACCCAGUGCUGUGAUGAGUAUGAGUGUGCUUGCAACUGUGUCAACGCCACGGUGAGCUGCCCACUGGGCUACCUGUCCUCGUCUGUUACCAACGACUGUGGCUGCACCACCACCACUUGCCUCCCGGAGAAGGUCUGUGUCCACAGAGGCACCGUCUACCCGGUGGGCCAGUUCUGGGAGGAGGGCUGCGACAUGUGCACCUGCACCGACAUGGAGGACUCUGUGAUGGGGCUGCGUGUGGCCCAGUGCUCCCAGAAGCCCUGUGAGGACAGCUGUAGGCCGGGCUUCACCUAUGUCUUCCAGGAAGGCGAGUGCUGUGGCAAGUGCCGGCCUUCCGCCUGCGAGGUGGUGACCGGCUCGCCGCGGGGGGAUUCCGAGCCCACCUGGAGGAGUGUGGGCUCUCACUGGGCCUCCCCUGACAACCCCUGCCUCAUCAACGAGUGCAUCCGAGUGAAGGAGGAGGUCUUCGUGCAGCAGAGGAACGUCUCCUGCCCCCAGCUGACCGUCCCCAGCUGCCCCACGGGGUUCCAGCUGAGAUGUAAGACCCUGGAGUGUUGCGCCGUCUGCCGCUGCGAGCCCGUGGAGGCCUGUGUGCUCAAUGGCACCGUCAUUGGGCCUGGAAAGAGUGUGAUGAUCGAUGUGUGUACCACUUGCCACUGCACCGUCCAGCUGGGGGCCAUCUCUGCAUUCAAGCUGGAGUGCAGCAAGACUACCUGCCCGGCCUGCCCCCUGGGUUACAAGGAAGAGAAGACGCAAGGCGAAUGCUGUGGGAGAUGCCUGCCUAUGGCUUGUACCAUUCAGCUAAGAGAAGGACGGGUCAUGACGCUGAAGCGUGAUGAGACUCUCCAGGAUGGCUGUGAUACUCACUUAUGCAGGGUCAAUGAGAGAGGAGAGUAUAUCUGGGAGAAAAGGAUUAUGGGCUGCCCACCCUUUGAUGAACACAGAUGUCUGGCUGAGGGAGGGAAAAUCAUGAAAAUUCCAGGCACCUGCUGUGACACAUGUGAGGAGCCUGACUGCAAAGACAUCACAGCCACACUGCAGUAUGUCAAAGUGGGAGACUGUAAGUCUGAAGAGGAAGUGGACAUUCAUUACUGCCAGGGUAAAUGCACCAGCAAAGCGGUGUACUCCAUCGACACCGAUGACGUGCCGGACCAAUGUUCCUGCUGCUCUCCGACGCGGACUGAGCCCAUGCGGGUGCCCCUGCGCUGCGCCAACGGCUCCGUCGUGUACCACGAGGUCCUCAAUGCCAUGCAGUGCAAGUGCUCCCCGCGGAAGUGCAGCAAGUGA